GUCCUGCCAAUUGUGGUUUUCUUCAGCACUGUGACGUCCAUGUUCUACUACAUGGGAUUGAUGCAGUGGAUCAUCAGAAAGAUCGGAUGGAUAAUGCUUGUUACUAUGGGCUCAUCUCCUAUUGAGUCUGUAGUUGCUGCUGGCAAUAUAUUUGUUGGACAUACAGACUCUCCACUGCUGGUCCGACCAUAUUUACCAUAUAUCACCAGGUCAGAACUCCAUGCCAUCAUGACUGCUGGCUUCGCUACAAUUGCUGGAAGUGUCUUGGGUGCAUACAUUUCUUUUGGAGUUUCAUCCACCCACUUAUUAACAGCUUCAGUUAUGUCAGCACCUGCAUCAUUGGCUGUUGCUAAACUCUUUUGGCCUGAAACAGAAAAACCUAAAAUAACCCUCAAGAAUGCCAUGAAAGUGGAAAAUGGGUAA